AUGAAUACUAGUACUUAUACUGCUUGCUGCGAUGAUGCUGAUGAACACAGAAAGGAAGAAGAAGGAGAAGAGGGAGUAGAAGACGAUGAUGACGACGACGUUUCGCUUCCCGGGUUCCGAUUCCACCCUACCGAUGAAGAGCUGCUGGGCUUCUACCUCCGGAGGAAGGUGGACAACAAGCCCCUUACCAUCGAGCUCAUCAAGCAAGUUGAUAUCUACAAAUACGAUCCCUGGGAUCUACCAAGGCCAAGUGGGGAUGGCGACAAAGAGGGAUACUUCUUCUGCAGGAGGGGGAGGAAGUACCGGAACAGCAUCCGGCCCAACCGGGUGACCGGGUCUGGGUUCUGGAAAGCAACCGGGAUCGACAAGCCGGUCUACUCAGCGGGUGGAUCGAAAGACUGCAUUGGGCUGAAGAAGACGUUAGUUUACUACCGCGGCAGCGCCGGGAAAGGCACCAAGACCGACUGGAUGAUGCAUGAAUUCCGCCUUCCCACCCCGGAAACUGCCGCCGCCGCUACCAACCUCAUUUUCCCCCACGUCGCCUCCUCCUCGCCCUCCACCCAAGAAGCUGAGGUAUGGACAAUCUGCCGAAUCUUCAAGAGAAGUUCCUCCAACAGAAAGUACACUCCAGACUGGAGGGAGCUGUCCACGUCAUCCAAACGCCCCGCCACAAACACCCUCACUUCUACCACCGCCACCGCCACCACUUCCAACAACAACAACAUCCCAUGCAGUAGCAGUAGUGCCACGUUAAUGGAAUCCUCCAAUUACAACUACUACACCUCAUCCUCGUCAGCUAAUUACUACACACGUGGCGAACACCUCAUCGACUUCUCUGCUGGCCCCCACCACCACGUGGACAUGAAGCCAUCCGUCAGCAGCCACGUCGCAGCUGCUGCCGCAUCAUUCCCGUCGUCGUCGUCCAUGGCAGCUUCCUCGUCCAACACGUCCAGCCCGUACGGCAGCGAGCAUAACAACAUUAAUAACGUCCAUCAUCAUCAUCGUCAUCGUGAUGAUGAAGAUCAGCUAUUACCUUUUGGGGAUUUCGACGAGCUUAGAUCUGUGGUGGAGUUCGCUUUGGAUCCCUCCAACUCCCUUCUGUGA